GGCAGUGAAACCCAGAGAAACGACUGGAACAACAAAACAAGAGACUACAACCUACUGAUAUCCUGAGCGUCUCAAAUUAUACUUCAGACGUUGUCGAGCAGACGAGGGCGAAAGACGGCACAUGAGAGUGAUAUGUCCUUCACUUCACCAGUGUAGUUGAUAUUAAUCCGCUUAAGAACAUUAAUCUUAGCGAGCUGAAGCGUUUGGACAGUUUGUUAGCCUAAGUUAGCUUGUUAGCCUGACAGCUAGCUGUCGCACAACGCUCCGAAGCAAAGAGGAUAUUCAUUCUGUAUUCAUGUUCCUUCAUUGUUGAAACGAGUGUCGAUCGAUUUGGAAAGCAGUAGUGUAAUCCUGUAGGGAUGGGACUCAAAACGGACACGAAUGAAAAAGUGAAAUUAUUUAAGUCCGUCUCCAGCCUCUUAAUGUUUGCAGAAAGGUCUGUCGUUUACUCGUAGUGUAGUGAGUCUUAACCAGCCAGGGUUCUUAGUAAAUGUUUAUACACACACGCACCUAAAUAGUUAAAUAUAUUAGAUUUGUACCAUUUAAGUCUACUUAUAGGUUGCAGUAGUAUCAUUUCCUAAUUUGAUUCGAGCCCUAAAGCUUGUUAAGUAAACAGUCUGUGGGGGAAAAGCAGCCUGUCUGUGAACCUGACACGUAGUUCGGACGCUGGACACUGCCACCAUGCCUCUGGUGUUUCUGGAGAGGUUUCCUUGGCCCAGUUUGCAGACUUACACCGCUCUGAGUGCAGUGCUGCUGGCUGGGACUUUGUUAAAUGCCUACACAGCUGUGACAGAGACUGCAGCUCCAGCUGCAGAAGAAACUCAGAGCAACCCUGUAGACAACAUUAGUGAUGGAAAUGUGGCCACGGAUAUACUGCCUUAUCUCAUCUCAGACAGCUUGUUUGUUUGGGUUCUGGUGAAUACAGCAUGCUGUGUCCUCAUGCUGAUCGCCAAAAUGAUCCAGUGCAUCGUUUUCGGUCCUCUGAGGGUCAGUGAGAAACAGCACUUAAAGGACAAGUUCUGGAACUUCAUCUUCUAUAAAUUCAUCUUCAUAUUUGGGGUGCUGAAUGUGCAGACCGUGGAAGAGGUGGUGCAGUGGUGUUUGUGGUUCGCUGUUCUAAUCUUCCUCCAUCUCAUGGUCCAGCUCUGUAAAGAUCGCUUUGAAUAUCUGUCCUUUUCUCCGACAACUCCCAUGAGCAGUCAUGUGCGAGUGCUGGCCCUGCUGGUGUCCAUGCUGCUGUGCUGUGGAGGUCUAGCUGUGCUCUGUGGCCUUGUUGGCCAUCUCCAUGGCAUGCAUACUGUUGCCUUUAUGGCUGCUGAGUGUUUACUUGUUACAGUGCGCACUGGACAUGUUAUUACGAGGUACUCUAUUCACUUGUGGGAUCUGAACCAUGAAGGCACUUGGGAGAGCAAAGGCACCUAUGUCUACUAUACUGACUUCAUUAUGGAGCUCACCCUCCUCUGCCUUGACCUGAUGCAUCACAUCCACAUGCUGCUCUUUGGAAAUAUUUGGCUGUCUAUGGCCAGCCUGGUGAUCUUUAUGCAGCUUCGCUACCUCUUUCAUGAGGUGCAGAGAAGAAUCCGCCGCCACAAGAACUACUUGCGUGUCAUUGACAAUAUGGAGUCCAGAUUUGCAGUAGCGACCCCGGAUGAGCUUGUUGCCAAUAAUGAUGACUGUGCAAUCUGCUGGGACUCAAUGACCUCAGCACGGAAGCUGCCCUGUGGACACCUUUUCCAUAGUUCAUGUCUUCGAUCGUGGUUGGAGCAGGACACCUCCUGUCCAACAUGCCGCAUGUCACUGAACAUUAACGAGGGUGUGAGAGAGGAGGGGCAGAGGGCACCAGCCGAUGGCAACAUGGCUGCAGUGCCUGGAAACGAUGUCCGACCUCACCUCAACCACUUCUUUCACUUUGAUGGCUCACGAAUUGCUAGCUGGCUCCCGAGCUUUUCUGUGGAAGUUAUGCAUACAACCAACAUCCUGGGCAUCGCACAGGUCAACAACUCACAGCUCAGUGCCAUGGCCCAUCAGAUACAGGAGAUGUUCCCUCAGGUUCCUUACCAUCUGGUGCUGCAAGAUUUGCAGCUCACUCGCUCUGUGGAGGUCACCACUGACAACAUCCUGGAAGGCAGGAUCCAGGUGCCCUUCCCUGCCCAGCCCCUGGACCGAGCACCUGUUCAGGUAAGCCAGGCACCGGGUGAGCCUGCUGGAGGUAGCAGGGGUUCAGAGCCCACCACUGCGGAGACAGAGGACCUUGAGGUGCGUGGCAGCCGGUUCUCAAAAUCUGCAGAUGAGAGACAGAGGAUGCUGCACCAGAGAAAAGAGGAGCUGCUGCUGAGAGCGCGCAGACGCUAUCUAAACAAAAGCGAUAUAAAAGAAGCUUCCUCCUUCUCUGUUGCUGCCUCCAAUGAGGAGGAGGAGGAGGAGGAGGAUGAUGUCCCUUCCUCUUUUGAAGAGGACGACUCCAGUUCAGACUCUUUGACCAUGCGUCGCAGGGUGCUAGCAGCUGCAGCCGAGCGACGUUUGCACAGGCAGGCAGACGCACCCAUCUGAGGGGGGAUCCCAUCUAGCUCUGCCCCAUCUCCAUCUUCCCAUGGCUGUCUCUGUGAUGAAGAGGAAAGUAGCUCCUGGUCACUUUCAUCUCAAAUGAAGCCAAAACCUGCAUGACACUCACCUGUGCCAUGAUCCAGCCAUGGCCAAUACGUAGCAGACCAGCUGUGUCUCUGAUAGGUCUCAGUGUUCACUCUGUUUGUUUUAAGCCUUUCCUAUCAUGCACUUUUCAUAUGACGCACCAGCUUGGCUGUGUCUAUGGAAAAAAAAAAGUCUAUGCAUGUGUCAUUUAUACCUUUUAAAAUGUUAAGUUCCUAAUCUGUCUAAACAACAAUGGGCCCACCAAAAGAGUUCAGGAAAGAAUUAUGAACCUGAUGCCUGGUAGUUCCUCAGUUGUUCUUCAGCUGUAUCUGAAAUCUCAUGUGACAUGAGCAGUGUUUAGCUUAGUUCUUUCAGGACCAUAGCAAUGCAAGUGUUAGUCUGCAUUUGGUUUAAUUUGAGAAAGUUGCAUUUAGCUCUUUAUUAAAAUCUGUUCUGUUAUAAAGUGAUUUUUAGACUCAGAACUUUAUGAAAUCAAGUUUGGUGAUUUUAGCUUAAGGCACAAGCUAACACUAUGAACAUAGUUAGCCAUGAGCUAAAGGAAAUUGUUGGCGUAGUUGGCAUUGAAAUGAUCAUUUGCUAUGUCUGUGUGGGAGUUUAUUCUGGUUCAGAUUAAAGGUCUUUGACUCUUUUUUCCAAAUUUGGAGAAUUGAUUACAAAUUUAAGUCAUAACAUGGUUAGCUUCUCCCAGCAGAGUCAUGCUUCAUACAUGUGGGUAUGUGCUUGCAGUGAUUAGAGGAGCCACAGAUGAUUUGAAUGCCUGUGGUUCGAUCCCAGUUCACAUUUAGGGUGUGUUGAAGAUGACAAACUGAUAGUCAGCUCAUGCUUUCUAUUUGAUUUGUUUAUGAUAUAAAAUGAGUCGUCGUCUUACGGGGGAAAAUGUUUUAAUCACAUAGCUUUGUCUAACCAUUUCUUGUCAAGUUUCUGCUUUGGUGUUUGCAUUUGGUUAUGUUACAUCGAUGACUUAUAGUUCUGUAAACAACUGAUGCAGUGAAAUGUUACUUCACAUGUUAUUCCUCUGUUUUAUGAUGUGUUUGAGUGAGUGUUAGCUGAGAUGUUCAGAUUUGAUCAGGGUAUUGGGAGACAUGCAUUAAGAUUGAGAGGCUGUAUAUUUUUUAUUAUUAUUUGGGAUUCUGCUUAUAGUUUGAGGUUUUUGCAACUUUCCAAUUCAGCAUGAGUGACAACACUGGUCAGCUUUUGUUUAAUUAUUUUUUACUAAUUAGUAAUAUUUUUCUGAAUGCAGCUUAAGGAAGAAAGCUCUAUUUUGCAUAAUAUAAUACAUCACUAAAACAAAAAAUAAAAACUGAAAUAAGAUGAAUGUGUCGAGGCUGGUAUUCUACCAUUGGAGUAAAUAUAGGAUUCCACUAGCAUUCCCACAGUAGCCGAUUGGCUACAUGGCUUUUAUUUUGACUUCAGGCUGGUAACUGGUUCCCAGUUAGCUACCAUUUGAUAUUUUUCUUUCAUUUUCUCCCUCUGUUUGUUGCCUCUUUCUAUGCAUGACAUCAUAGCUUGUGAUUCAUAGGUCCUAUAUUGCCUAACAAAGUAUUUCCAAAGAAACCACAAGUCAUUUUUACCUGAGGCUGGAGAUUGUGGAAUGUUUUUCUAGUGAUAAAGCUUGUUCUCAGACCACAGGUCAGAUCUGGAGCUCUACACUGUGCUUUUACAACUGCAACUUUGAUCAGUAUUUCUGUAACUGAGAAAAGUGUAAGUAUCUGAACCACAGAACUAUUCCGAUACAUUAUGUAAUUGCCAUUAACAUGUGAUUUACUUCUUACUGACCUAUACUAAAUCUGAUUGAACUAUCUGAAUGCUUUUUUCUAUCAAUUAUUUUUUUCGGUUUUCAUUUGUGCCUAAAUUCACCAGUGGAUUAGUUGAAUUGUAAAUAAUUUUGUAAUGAAGACUGUAUAAUAAAUGUUAAAUGACCCUGUAUAAAAUAAAAUUCUGAAUUAAUGAA